GGCAGGCACUCACUCACUUCCACUCACAGUGGACAAAGCAGUCAAUCAUCAUAGUGUCACAUACGGUGAAGCGGUCCACAAUUCAAUCAGACAAGCAAUGAUCGCGUACACAUACACACACUUUAUCACACAAAUGUAUGUCUCAGUGUACACAUGCGGCGGGAGUGCGUCAUGAGUCAGCAGCAGCUGCGCUAGUAGAGGCGUUUCCCUGGUUUGCAGCAGCUGCUGCGGCUGCUGCGGUGCUGCUUGAGCCGGUCGUGGCGAAGAGCUCCGUCAGUAGACCGCUCUGGCUCUUACUCGCAGUUGUCAUGAGCCACUCGCGCGAUUCAGGACACUGCUGGCGAAUGAAGUUGAGAAUCUGCCCUGCCAACGUUUGCACCUGACACACACGAACAGGCACACACGAUGGUCUUGGGAUGGAUGUGUGGUGGUCGCAUGCCUGAGAUGAAGUUGCUGUGCGGUGGACCGCGCCAAUGGUCUUGGCGAGCUUGGAUGCCUGUGUGAGGCCAGACCAUCGAGGUGAGGGCAUGACGUGUCAAUGGGAGGCAGAGGGCAUAAGGUGAAGGUUGUAUGAGUGCCUUGUGUACUGACGCACCUUGAGUAGGGACUGGAGCUCAUCAUCACAGUGGGUCGAUAUCAACGCCUGUGCGCGACGUAACUCAGAGAGAAGAGCCUCAGUGUUCUGCACACACCCGCAUCAAAGCGCCCCAGCGUGUGGUUGUGACUCGCGAAGGCGCACCAUCCCUAGCGCACCAUGCUAUGCCAGGCAUUCGUGAGCCUCUUCUCCGCUUGCUCAAACCCCGCCAUCCUCGCGCGACGGUGGAAGGGAGGAACUCCAAAC